AUGCAGUUCUCUCUUGUUGCCGUCGCCCUCUUCGUCGCCUCCGCCAUGUCUCAGGCCAUCAACAUCUCGUCCCCGCCUAGCGGUCAGACCGUCCUCGCGGGCGAGAAGCUGGACGUCGAAGUCACUCGCCAGAACUCGCUCACUCCCUCUGAGGAGGUUGCCAUUGUCAUCGGUGUCUCGUCCUGCACCGACGAGAAUUCGUGCCCCAACCCCUCCCAGGCCAUCCAGCACGUCCUCUACAACGGCAAGUACGAGGCGCCACACCAGAACAUCACGGUGACGCUGCCAUCGAGCCUGAACGGUGGCCAUGCGGUGUUGUCCGUGACACACUUCUCCCUCGUUGGUGCUGGGUACACGCCGACGACUCAGAUCGCGCAGGAGCCUCUCUAUGUCGGUAUCUCUGCGAGUGGCCCUGGCAACUAAGUCGUUCCGAGAACUCACAUUGAUGUCACUCAAUUCCGUUAUUUACUGGCUCGCUUAAUUUUCUCUGAGUGGGCACAUGAUAG